UAAAAAAUCAUAGGAAUAAUAAAAAUAUGCUUAAACAUGGGAAUUAGUAGAGCAUUUUUGUGUAAAAUAAAUAUCGAGAUUUGGCAAGGCUAAGAACUGAAAUUUCCUCCCGCUUCAUUAAAAUUUGGCAGAAAUCACUGAUUCAGACUUGAAAUCAUACAAAUUCUCUCAAAAUCGAUCAAUAUUGUAAUCAUACUCAACAGAUUUUUACUCGUUAAUCACAGUAGAGUGGCAAAUCAGUUGUUGAUUCCAUCUAACAAUUCAUAGAUUUGGGUAUUCGAGAAUUCCAGAUUGAAACAUGAGAGCUCAAUUUCAUAAUCAAACUCAAAGCAAGCACCGACAUUCAACUAUAAAACAUCUAGUUUGCAUAAUCGUCUGUUUCUGUCUCUUCGUUUUCUUCAUUCAAUCUUCUAUCUUUAGCGGCAGUCGAAACCCAGAUCUUUCCAAUAGAUUGGAAGUUGAAAUUUUGUCUCAGUUCCAGAGCAAUGUUCAGCAAUGCGUGGCAAAGAGAGGUCUUGGACUUACAGCACAUAUUAUUGAUCAUUGCAAAUUGAAACUCAAAUAUCCUGAAGGCACCAACAGCACAUGGUAUAAUGAGCAGUUCAAGAAGAAGGAACCAUUAGAGUAUGAUUAUGAUGUCUGUGAAGCAAUUUUACUUUGGGAGCAGUAUCGUAAUGUAACAACAGUAUUGACCAGAGAGUAUCUAGAUGUUCGUCCAGAUGGUUGGUUAGACUAUGCAGCAAAAAGGAUAGCCCAAUUGGGAGAUAAGAAAUGCUACAAUAAGUCUCUUUGUGAUGAGCUUCUCAGUCCUAUAUUACCGGCCAUACCUCCCUUUCAUCCCCGUCAAUUUGAAAGAUGUGCAGUUGUUGGAAAUUCUGGAGACCUUCUAUUAACAGAAUUUGGUGAAGAGAUUGACAGUCACGAUGCGGUGAUUAGAGAUAAUGAGGCCCCGGUUAAUGAGAAAUAUGCCAAAUAUGUUGGUAUGAAGCGGACUUUUCGUCUAGGAGUUAGAGGCACCGCUCGUAACAUGAUCAACAUCCUUAAAGGGGCCCCUGAGGAAGUAUUUAUCAUCAAAAGUGUGACACACAGAGACUUCAAUGAGAUGAUAAAGAGUAUUGCAAAUCCAGUAUACCUAUUCCAGGGAAUUGUGCUUCGUAGAGGAGCCAAAGGGACAGGAAUGAAAUCUAUAGAGCUCGCUCUUUCAAUGUGUGACAUUGUCGACAUAUAUGGUUUUACUGUUGACCCUGGGUACAAAGAAUGGACUAGAUACUUUUCUGAACCGAGGAAGGGACACAACCCUCUUCAAGGAAGAGCAUACUAUCAGCUACUGGAGUGCUUGGGGGUGAUAAGAAUACAUUCACCAAUGAGAGCUCAAAGAAGGGAAGAUUGGUCAAAUAUACCAAGUCGAGAUGCUAUAAAACGGGCUCACACUGCAGCUAUCCGUUUAAAGCAUAGUGAGACGGGUCAAGUUGGGAACGAGGGCCAGUUCAGGAAUUGCAAAUUUUGGGGCGAGAAAAGUGCUGCUUACAAUGGACCCAUCUCUGGUUCUUCAGACAUGAGUGAAGUCAGAAAGAAUUCAAAUUACAGUAAAUGGGAAUUGAUGCCUUUCGAGAGCCUGAGAAAGGAAGCACGAGAAUACUACCAACAAAUGGAGGGUGUUUCCUUAUAUAAGGUGGACGGUAACAAGUUGGACGAUCUUGUUUGUAUAAGACACACUUCAAAAGUUGCAGUAUAAUCAAUAUAUAUUUAUCCCAGGAACUCUCAUCCGCACCCAUUUGCCAAUGCACCUUCAUAUCUGCAAUUUUCCGAGUGGUUAUCUUUCAGGUUUUGCCAUGUUUAGUACCGAAAUGCAAUCCAUUAAUGACGUUAACAGGUUUCGUAUGGCACCUCUCUUCUUGACAAUCAGGUUUCAGGGCAGAUGUCAGAUUCCGGUAACAUGUUGCAGAUAUUACACAUUUUUUGGGUGCAGUUAUAUUCUUCUUAUAGCUGAUUCUGAUUGUCCCUUGUACCUCAAAAAUGUCCUACCGUUUUCUGUUGUAAUUCUUUUAUAAGAUAUUAGUGUUUGUCAGUUUUCUCUUCGGAAUGUAUGUAUGUUUUUAGAUACUAAUUACAUAAAAGAACUUGAAUCUGAUGAUAGACCAAAGAUUUACGGUUUAAAUGUUAAUCUUAACCGGGGGUUUGGCAAACUAGCUUAUUGAGCAAUUUUAGCUUAUUUUAAUAUAACUAGAAGGUUGGAUAGUUAAACUAGCUAAUGCUAUUGUUAGGUGAAUUAGCUGGUUGAAACAGUUUAUUGAUAUGAAUAAGUUGUUUUUGAACAAGCUGCUCAUAGUAGCGUGUUUAAAAUUAGCUGGUCAAACUAAUUAUUAAAACCAGUUGGUCAAAUUAGCCUUUAUAAUCAGCUACCAGUUAUUAGCCAUUUGUCAAACACCUUUAUAUUUUUUUCUCUAAUACUCUUUUGUCGG